GUUUGUUUCAACAUCAACAAAGGGGGGUGGAACUCUAACCGAAAAGCGCACUUAAAUCACAUGGGCAUAACUGUACUGUAUGUAACUGUACUGUUCGUAAGUAGACAAAAUGACUGAGACAUUCUUUAAAAUCAUCCAACAAGAAGGGAAAGGCCGAAUUGGAAUAGCCUCCAAGGACUUCAAACCUUACGAACUUGUUCUCGAGGACACUGCGGCGGCUUUUGGUCCCUUCCAAGACGCGGAAUCGAUAUGUGUCGCAUGUUUGCGGGAUCUCUCGGCCGUCGAGAUUUGUCGACAUUGCCAUCUUCCUCUACAUCAAGAUUGCGAAGAACGUGAACGAAGUGUGCAUGGCUACGAAUGCGACAUUUUUGCUAAAUUGCCCUCUGAUUAUCCUCACCAUGGCAUAUCAGGUUUGAUAAUGCCGAUUCGACUUCUCAAGCUUCGAAACACCCAUCCCCAAUUAUGGAAACAGGUGUUUGCAUUAGAGUCUCAUCACGAGUCUCGAACCGGUUUCAGUGCGGGACACAAGUCGCUCUUGAGCCAACUUGGAUUCUCGGACGAGGAUGUUGAAGCACUCGAGAUCCUGACCGGGAUCGUGCAGACUAAUUCGGCGAGUUUUGGGAAGAAAAGAGGCAUGUCUCUGGGUCAUGGGCUUUUCCCGACAUUCUCGUUGCUUUCCCAUGAUUGCGACUCGAAUUGCCGGUACUAUGCCACUCGGGAAUCCGAAAGUAACCAGGUUAUCAUCCAAGUACGAGCUAAAAGAGCCAUCACUCAGGGUGAGGAAUUGACCAUUCAAUACAAGAAUCCUCUACUCGGGAAUGUGGUCCGAACCACGUCCCUGCAAAGAAAUUGGCUUUUCGAUUGCCAAUGCGCGAGAUGUCAAGAUCCCACGGAAUUAGGUACUUACCUCUCGGCCCUGAGAUGUCGACGAGGGGAUUGCCCAGGCAAGAUUCUGCCCCAAGACUUCUACCACAUCUCCAUCAGUGUGGAUCCGAGUUUGUGGUAUUGUUCGAGUUGUGAUGAGUCCAUUGACAGUUUGAGUGUGGAGACAGACUUGAAGCGAUUUGAUAAGCUCAUCAGAGCCACGUCAUGUCUUGAAUCCGUCACAGUGUGGGAAGGUCAUCUUGAAGCAGCUUUGCGUGUGUUUGCACCCACACACUAUCUGCUCGAAAUGGCCAAAGGCAUGAAUUUGCUCAAAGAUGCAGCCAAGUGUCGACAAUACGAAACCGGCGAGAACUUUUCAAUCGCAUUUGCCUGUCUUUUAAAAGAAAUCAACGACCUCAUGAAGGUUCAAUAAAAUGGCUUACAAUCGUGCCAUUCGAUACCAAAAGAUAUCCUACCUAUUCUGUCCUCCUAUGUCUACGAACAUGUACUACAUACUGUGGAUAAUAAACCCACCGCCUUGAAAACAGCUCCAUACCCUAAAAAGUCAAUCUUUUUUUCGGGGUGUCUGAGAGAGUGGCUGGCUUUCGUCCAAUCAACCAACCAACCAACUAUCCAGCCAACCAACCAUCCGGUCCUCUACCUGGAUUGUUUCCCUUUGGCUAGGCUUUAUGAUAUCUGUGUGUUUUUGUGAGUGAGUGAGUGAGUGAGCGAGUGAGUGCCUAUCCCUCCACUCUUCCUUGAAUUGGAGUGGUCUCAUCCGUGGUGUGUCGAGUCGUUCGUCAUGAUCUUUCGCUUACCUGCCAUCAUCAUCAGUCCAAAGACCUGACAUAGGCUCCUCCUCCAUUGCAUGACAAAAUGGGAAUCCAGCUCCUCCUCACUUGAGCAUUUUCAAAACAAAACGUAAAACUUACACGAACCUCAAGAACACUUCUCAUGCUAUUCGAUAGCUAAGCUUCAGGGAUUUUAUGAAUUGUUUGAAGCCUGGGAUGGACCGUGUUUUGGCUGUUUAAAUCGACGGCUUGAUGUAGUUAUUCGGUUUGUUCUGGUUAUUCAGGAGUCUUUCUAAGGACAUUGGUUGAUUCUAAAAGUGGAUUUUUAUUGAUUAAACAAAACACACCGAGUACUUGCUGACCAAUUACAAAAUCCCACGCGAAACAGGAGCUCGAGUGACUGUC